UUACCAAAACUGAAAUUGGGUUGGCGUCACCAACAACAUUGAACAUGGAACGUUGAAGCACCAAACAAAAACAGACAUAGCCACCGCGCUUCCAAGGUGUACACCUGCGAUACUGUACGAACCGUAAACCACGAGCUUCAGGGCUCCACAGCACGCCCAAUGCCUCCCUCUUCUCUGACGCGCUCCGAUGAGGAGUAUCUCCGUGCACAAUCACAAACCCCGGACCAAUCCGCCAAAAUCUCUGAUUCGGAGAUGGAAGAAGAGGACCCAGAAGAAGAGGAAGAUCCGGAAGAAAUAAUUGAAGAGCAAGAAAGCGGUGAAGAUAAUGAGGUAAACGAUGAUGAUGAUGAAGGAGAUUUUACCGAGGAGGAGGAGGAGGUAGAGGUAGAAGAAGAGGUGUCGGGUUCAGGAGAAGAAAGCAAUGAGGAUCGAACAGAUAUUAGUUGUGAUAUGAAGUAUAAGGGGCAUGGCAGGCACUUGGAAUCAAGUGCUACUCAAGGAAAAACGGAAUCAAGUCUACUAUCUAAGGCACUUGCUGUAGAAGACUCUAGCAGCAAUUUAAAAAUUUCUGGUCCCUCGAAAGAGAUAUUGAUGAGGAGCAGCAAAAACCCAGUUCUGUACCAUCGAGAAUUCAAUCAUUUAAAAUCAGGGAAAGAGGAGAUUAUUUCUGAGGGAAAUGGAAGUCAAAAAGUAGUGGUUGAUAAGAAAGAUGCUGCAGCCCUUCUCAUAACAAAAGGCCCUAAAGACAGAAGACAACAGAAAGAUGUUGAGGAUUAUUUGUUUAAUGGUAAGGGUACAAAAUCUGAAAGUUCCAAUCCAUCUAGUGUGUCUGGGAAAAAGUUGGGUGUAGCUGUACCAAUUAGAGAUUGCAUGGUCGAUGAGGCUAAAACAAUUCUGGAUUCUGACGCAAAAACUAAGCCAGUGGACAUGUUAAAGGAUGAUAAAAAGAGGACUGCAUCAAGAUCGGUUACUUCUGAGAGAAAAAGUAGAAGUCUGUCCCCAGGCUUUGAGAUUAAGGAUGGGAAUAAGCGUCUGGCGCUUAUAUGUGAUUUCUUUUCCAAAGGAUGGUGCAUCAAAGGGAGUUCUUGUAAAUUCCUUCAUGUAAAAGAUACUGAAAACAGUAACAAACAUCCUGAAAGAGAUUCACCUGCUGCAAACUUAAGUAGAGACAAAAGUUGUACUAAACAGCAUGAGAUAGAUGCACCUGCUGCAAGGUGGAUUAGAGAAAUCCAACCCGAUGAAGGUUUGAGAAACACUACUGAAACACCAAGGUCGCGUACUUUUACCAAUAAACUUUUUUCUACUGUUGAAAAUAGUGUCGCAGUGUCUUCUUCCCAUAGAAUUCUAGAAAGUGAAUGUAGAGAAAGCCAAGGAAAACAUCAAUUUCAUCACAACCAUAGAUAUUCAUUUUUUGGGAGAGAGGAUUUCGUUUCGGUUCCAUCAGCUACCCAACAAUUGCCUUCAUCCAAAGAUGCUCCUAAUCAUUUCCUUGGUUCCAUUAGAGGUUCGCAUUUCCGCAAUGAUAAGCUCAAUUCUCAAAAACAGUCGGAUUGUGAUGGAGAAUAUAACUCAUUUAGAUCGUUCUCAUUACCCUCCUCUGGUUUUGAACCUCAAAGGUAUUCAUUGGGUUUAGCAGAACGUAGGGAAAAAAUUGUGUCUUAUAGUUGGGAGCCAUCUAUUCCUUUUCGUCCAUCUUUUAUAAUUCCUCCUACAUUUUCAUCUUCGAGUGAUUUGUAUGAUCCCAUUCGCGAUAGCAUCGACUUACCAGGAGAUGGGUUAGUUAAACUUUCUUCCUCUUAUCAAGGGUCAUAUCAACAUACCCAUGGUGAUUUUGGUAGUAGACAUACAAAAUCAUUAUAUGAUCAAGUCCAAGACAAAAUGCAGGGAAAUAACUGUUAUUCAACAACGAGAAGUUCUUUUGUAGUUGGAGUAGAAACAGUUGGGAAUUCUUCGGUCAUUGUGCAGAAUGAUACUAUGACAAAAGAGGAGAAUGUUUCAGGCUCUUCCCAUGUCAAGAAUUCUCCGAAGACAAAGAAAACCGUGACCAAUUUUGAUGUGAGACAUCAAAGCAGUGGGAUGCUACAUUCUAUGGACUUGAAGGAAGAGAGAGGUAAACUAAGUAAUGAAAUUGUUGUGGAGAGCAAGAUAGAUGGGAAUGUUGAGAAGGAAUCAAAGCUGUUCAGAUAUUUCCGUGCGGCUCUUAUAGAGUUUGUGAAAGAAUUGUUGAAACCAACCUGGCGUCAGGGUCAACUAAGCAAGGAUGCCCAUAAUAUAAUAGUAAAAAAAUCAGUAGAGAAGGUUCUUAGCACCAUGCAGCCCGAACAGAUUCCUCCUAACAUGGAAUCAGUUAAGCAAUAUCUUUCAUUAUCCCACCCCAAAAUCUCAAAGCUCAUGGAGGCAUAUACGGUCAAGUAUGGCAAAUCUUGAGAUACUAGGCCGAAUGGUUUUUGACUUGUAAAAAGUUUCUUAUAUAUUGUAGCAAUUGGAAGUCGUGAAGUCUGGAUAAGGCUCCUUUAGUUAGCAUGAUUGACGUGGAAAUUCUCAUGGGAUGUUCUAUGAAUUGCUUGAGAAAUGUUUGCCUUAUGGAUUUCUCCCUUUCAUUCUCUAAUCUAUUUAAAAUAUUUUGUGGAUUUAUCUUUCA